AUGGCCACCUCGGUCCCCCCCUCACCCAGCGAAGAAACACCAUCCUUCGACCUCAACCUCCAGCACGGCCACAAAGACCUCGUCCAGGCAGUCGCCUUCAACACAUACGGCGACCGCUGCGCCACCGGCUCCGUCGAUGGCAAGAUCCGCGUCUUCAACCGCCACAAGGAUGGCACAUGGCGCCUUUGCGAUACCUGGACCGCACAUGGCGGAGAGAUUCUAGAGCUUCAAUGGCUUCCCGCGACCGUCUACCCCAACUUGAUCGCCUCCCUCGGCAUCGAGGGCCGUUUCCGCAUCUGGGUCGAGGAUCCCUCUGCCGCACCUGGACGCCGUUUCUGCACUGGACGAUCUGGCAACGGCAAGCCUGCCUUUGACACACGAUCCAACAAGGCCCCAUACCGGUCAUUUUCCAUGAAGCACAACGAAGAGACCCGACAUACCUACCUUGCGCUGCUCUCGACUGACGGCCGGUUAACUGUCUCCGAGAACGACCAACCCGAGAACCUCUCCGAGUACACCACUAUCGAUGAAUUCACCGUCGCCCCAAAGCCCAGUAGAGGCGAGGAGCUUGCCUUUCGCGUUCGCUUUGACCCCAACCCUGAGCCAUGCUACACGGCCUUGCGCGCAGGUGUACCAUCUGAUUCACUGGGCCUUGUGGUCGCAGCCAUGGACACCGUAAGAGUAUAUCGAUCACGCGAUAUUGUGGCAACCUCCAUUGGCAUCCAGCAGACACAAAAAGAGUUUUAUCUCGCUGUAGAACUACCUGGCCAUCGAGGCCUGGUGCGAGAUGUGGCAUGGGCGCCGGGGAACAUCAGGGGAUACGAUAUCAUUGCGACAGCAUGCCAGGAUGGCUACGCCCGCGUCUUUCGAAUCGAGACACCCUACUCAGAAGACGACGGACUGUCAUGGUCAGCCUCAGAUUUGCUCCGGUCAACUCCCCACGCCUCUACCAGAGAUUCAACGCCUCAAGCCAGAACCAACGGAACCGCAACUCCGACUGAAAAGCAGGCGCAGACACCGCAACUUCAGCCCAUGCAACACCAUCACCAGCAGCAACAACAUCACCAACAACAUCAACACCACCCUUCCGGCCUCAGUGCCAGUCUCGCCAAGUCGGGCUCUCUGGGCGAUCGCCAUUGGGCCGGUCAGCCUGGCCAGGUUAAGCACACAUUCCAGGAGAUUUCAAGGCUUGAUAACCACCGCACACCGGUUUGGCGAGUUGGGUUUGACGACGAUGGUCAGAUUCUAGGGAGCACGGGUGACGAUGGUCGGUUGUUGUGCUAUCGUCAGACGCCCAACGGAGCAUGGGCUAAGAGCUCCGAGUUGGCGGUACAAAAAGCUCGCAUGGCUGCUCCAUGA